AUGGUGGAACUCUUAUUUCUCCUGUCCUUUUUGGUCGAACUACAAAGUAAUUGCUUUCAUAUGAAUCUUGAGAGCAUAAUAAUGAAAGAAGGAGCGAUUGUUAUUUCAAUGCUCUUUAAGAGACCAGUUUCAUGGUUGUCUUUUCUUGUCCCACCAGUUCUUUACGUUGUAGGACUUGGGUUCUCACAAAUCCUCCUAAUGUCAACUGCUUUGUUCUUCUCAUCUUUCUUCUUUCCUCUCUCAAUCCAAAAACCAAACCCUCUAAUAGACUCCAAGGUUCAAGAUCAUGAACAAGAUCAAGACAAUUUUUUAGCGCACAUCGAAAUACCUACAACCAAUGAGGAAAUCGUCAGAACUAAUGACGAAGAUGAAGGAACAAUUCCUGAUGAGGAAAGCCUCAUAGAGCUCUCCUUACCUAGCGGUCACUACGUUGGCCACCACUUCAGUACUAUGGCUGGACAUCAAGAUUUCAGGCUUAUCCAACUAUCAGCCGAGUUUGAAGAUGAUAAUCUAAUCGAAAUUGACAUUUCCAUCGGAUCCAUCAAGUGCUCCGGCUUUCAGAUCAAAGCCUGA